AACCACUUGACUAUAAAUUAUUUUUUAUUUAGCCAAUAAUAAAUUUAGACUCAAAAUGAAGAAUUACAAGUAUAUAUUUCCAUUUAACGAGAAAAAGAGGUGUAAAUUCAUUGUUGGGUUGAGAGAGAGAAGUAAGGUAUAGCUGCUCAAAUUCUCUAAUUGGUCCUCUUGUGCCUAAGAAAAUCAUACCACACUGCCCAUUGCUGUAAAAUAAAUAAUUUAGAGGCAAAGAAGAGCAUAUAUUUAACAACACCAAAAAAAAAAGAAAAAAAAAAGAAAGUACACGUGGACCCCGGAGGACAAAACCAAACAUAUUUCUCUCCAAGGGCACGAAGCAGUAACAAACAAAAACUUUAUAGUUUUUUUUAUAUAUAUUUAUUUCUUGAAGCAGAAUCUGCCGUCGGCAGACUAUUCAAAUUCAACCCAUCACAGUUUGAAACAAGUUCAUCUCUCUCUCUCUCUCUCUCUCUCUAAUCGUAAUUUGUGGAUCUCUCCACUAGCAUGACAUACCAAAGAAUAAGUUAACCACUCAAGACACAAGAGAUAUUAGAGUUAAAAAACCAUAAUCAAACAUCACAUCCAACAAAUUAACAGCACACCCAACAUUAGAAAAUGCCUUCCUUUGUCUCUUUCAAGCACCACCAUUGCCCUAAUCCAUUAAUUUAACACAUUUCAGAGAAAACCAAUUCUAAACCUCUGCUCUCUCUCUCUCUCUCUCUCCUUCUUUUGGUCAAUGAUCAAACUUAGUCACCCCCCACGAACCGUAUUGCUCUAUCUCUCUUCUUCAUCCUCUUCCUCUCUUUCUCUCAUCAAACACAUCAUCACAUCUUGUUUCAACAGCCCACCAUCACAAUGACCACUCAAGAACCAGAACCAAACUCAACUUCAGAUCACAUCCUGGACUGGCUUGAAGAUUCAGUUACUUUCUUCCCAACUUUCUUGGAUAAUCCUUACCAUUCAAAUGACAUCAAUGGCCUUCAAUGGUGGGAUGAGAGCCAUGAUCUGAUUCAUUCCAACACCACCUCUACUUCUCUCAACAACCCUAUUAGCAUUGCUCUCCCUACCACCACAAGGCCCCAAAAUCCCACAAAUUUGAAUCAUCAGUCGCCGUCUGAUUCGUCCAAGAAACGAAAAGUCUCCGAUGACCAACACAUUGAUCAGAAGAAUCAUGUCCGUCCGAUCAGUCUGGCGGGCCAGGGGGACCAAUUAGUUGAUGAAGUAGUGGUGCCAGUUAAGAGAACAAAUGGGAACAGAAAAGGCACAGCUAAGACUACAGGGAAUAACUGUAAUAACGGUAAUAGCAAGGAGGGGAGGUGGGCAGAGCAGUUGCUAAACCCUUGUGCUUUAGCCAUCACAGGUGGGAAUCUGACACGUGUCCAACACCUUCUGUAUGUUCUGCAUGAACUUGCCUCUCUUACAGGCGACGCCAACCACCGCCUGGCGGCUCAUGGCCUCCGAGCACUGACUCAGCAUCUGUCCUCCUCUGGCCCCAAUGGCUCUGCCUCAGCACCACCUGUUACUUUUGCUUCCACAGAGCCAAGAUUUUUCCAAAAGUCUCUGCUCAAAUUCUAUGAGGUUAGUCCAUGGUUUGCUUUCCCAAAUAACAUUGCAAACUCUUCAAUUCUUCAACUUUUUGCUGAAGAAUCUGAUCGAACCCGAAACCUUCACAUUGUUGAUGUUGGUGUGUCUCAUGGUAUGCAAUGGCCUACUCUGCUUGAGGCCUUGACUCGGAGGCCGGGUGGUCCUCCCCCAUUGGUGAAGAUCACAGUUGUUUCUGCUGCUGCCAACACUGAAAAUAACCAAAACAGAGAGACCCCAUUUUCAAUAGGUCCUCCCGGUGACAAUUUCUCCUUUAGUCUUCUUGGUUUUGCCAAGUCCAUGAACAUCAAUUUACAGAUCAACCGCCUCGACAAUCAACCUUUACAAAAUCUAAAUGCUCAAGUGAUUGACACCUCCAACGACGAAAUGUUGAUUGUCUGUGUGCAAUUUAGACUCCACAACUUGAACCACAACACCCCAGAUGAAAGAACUGAGUUCUUGAAAGCACUGAGAAACAUGGAGCCAAAGGGGGUGAUCCUAAGUGAGAACAACAUGGAGUGUAGCUGCAACAAUUGUGGGGACUUCGCCACGGGGUUUUCGCGGCAAGUGGAGUACUUGUGGAGGUUCUUGGACUCAACUAGCUCGGCGUUCAAAGGGCGAGAGAGCGAUGAGAGGAGAGUGAUGGAAGGAGAGGCAGCAAAGGCUUUGACAAACCGCGGAGAGAUGAAUGAAGGGAAGGAGAAAUGGUGUGAGAGAAUGAGGGGGGUAGGGUUUGUAGGGCAGGUGUUUGGAGAGGAUGCCAUAGAUGGAGGAAGAGCCUUGCUGAGGAAGUAUGACAGCAAUUGGGAGAUGAGAGUGGAUGAGAAAGAUGGGUGUGCAGGGUUGUGGUGGAAAGGGCAGCCUGUUUCUUUUUGUUCAUUGUGGAAGACUGAUGUGAAAGUAAGUUACAGUUGAAAAAAAAACACAGACACACACACACACACACAAAACAUUUGUUAGUAGUAGUGAGUGUUUCUCUCUCUUUUCUCACGUCUUGAAUUUCAAAGGGUAUAAGAGUUUGUAUAUGUAAAUGCUGGUUUUGCAAUUUAGUGUUUCAGCUAUAUCUCCUUGAUUUCAUUUCAUUGCUCCUUUCGUGAUUUGCCCAACCCUA